AGGAACUGAAGAAAGUCACCAGACAUCUAUCCAAAAACUGAGAUCCCCUGAGGCCCAACCACCUGAAUGUGUACAGCCAAAAGGAGAGGGGGACCAGCCAAGUAGACCAGCUUUUACCUGACCUAAGGAAGUCCGGUGCAGAAGUCAGUACCUGAGAGUCUACCUGAGAACAGCUGGAGGAGAGACCGGGUGUGGAGAGCAGUAGAGGUGUUUCCACCAAUCCUGUCCAGGUGAGGAGGUGAGAAGGAGGUGUGAUCAUCGAGAUGUCUUGCCAGGCGUUCAGUGCAGACUCCUUCACCACCCUGGCAGGGGACUCCUUGCCACUCCUCAUGCACCACGCCUCCUCUGCUGAUUGCCUGCCCUCCUCCGUCUCCACUCACACACACAACAUGGUGUCUGCAGUUCCUUCAGGUCUGUCUCUCGUCCAGUCAUCCAAACGUUCUCACAUGCACCUAUCCACCUCCACCCUUGGCAACGCCCUUAGCAACGGUACCUCCGGACUACACUACCCCGUCACACCCUGUCACUAUAGCAACCAACAGACAACUUACGGCAUGAUGGCAGCUCAGGAGAUGUUGUCUGCCAGUAUAUCUCAGACCCGAAUCCUCCAGACCUGCAGUGUCCCGCACCCAAACAUGGUCAACGGAGCAAACACACUGCAAGGUUCCUUGGCCCCUUGCUUGUAUAAGUUUCCAGAGCACGGUCUGGGUGGGGGCUCAUGCUCUUUAAGCCACAGCUUCCCCCCCCUGCCCACCACUCUGCUGUCCGAGGAGCCGUCCCUGGGGGACAUCAAGGACCCUCGCCGUAGGAGCCGUGCUCCAGAUGACCCCCCUGACCUGGACUCACCUCAGAUACGAGAGCUGGAGAAGUUCGCCAACGACUUCAAACUACGUAGGAUCAAACUGGGGUACACCCAGACCAACGUUGGAGAGGCACUGGCUGCAGUGCACGGCUCAGAAUUCAGCCAGACCACUAUCUGUCGCUUCGAGAACCUCCAGCUGAGCUUCAAGAACGCAUGCACGCUGAAGGCCAUUCUGGCCAAGUGGCUGGAUGAAGCAGAGCAGGCUGGGGCUCUGUUUAAUGAGAAAAUGGGCAUCAAUGAGCGGAAGAGGAAACGAAGAACCACCAUCAGUCUCGGGGCUAAAGAGGCGUUGGAGUGCAGUUUCGGGGAGAAGAGUAAGCCCUCGUCUCAGGAGAUUGUCCGUAUGGCCGAGGGGCUGCACCUCGAGAAGGAGGUGGUCCGGGUCUGGUUUUGUAACCGUCGGCAACGAGAGAAACGUGUCAAGACCAGCCUCCACCACAGCUCCUACCUUACCAAGGACAGUCCGACCUGUAGAUAACCCUGGACCUCUGACCCCUUUGUGUCCCAUAAUGCCAACAGAACCUUUGUUCUGGUGCGAUG